AUGCAGCCUUUGCAAGUUGUCGGUCGGUUACAAGCGAGGUGUGCACCGCUCGUCCGAAGAUGGCUAUCCUCUGCGGCAAGCGCACCGGUGUCUGAAAGAGUGACGGCUUCGUCGCCCGUACCAUUCCCAGACGUUGAAGAAGAAGAAAAUCAAGGACCCCCGAGUUAUCAGGAACGCUCCACUCAGUCGACCGACUUCGAAAGUGACCGCUUCCCUGUGAGAUAUGACUGGACACGAGAUGAGAUCCGACGCUUAUAUAACCACCCUCUGCUGGACCUCGUCUACCACGGCGCCACAGCCCAUCGAAUCUAUUUCAACCCUCGUGAAGUGCAGCAGUGCACGCUGUUGUCCAUCAAGACGGGAGGAUGUCCUGAGGAUUGCAAAUACUGCUCUCAGAGUUCCAGCUACAAGACGGCGGUCAAGGCUGAAAAGCUCAUGGGCUUCGACGAUGUAAUGGAAUCAGCUCGACGUGCCAAGGAAGGUGGCUCCACCCGUUUUUGCAUGGGGGCAGCAUGGCGAGGUGUAUCCCAGGUGGGACCUCGACAAUUCGACCGGGUGCUCCAAAUGGUGUCCGAGGUGCGCGGCAUGGGGAUGGAAGUAUGCGCGACUCUGGGUUUGCUGAACACUGAGCAGGCGAAGAAAUUGAAGGAAGCCGGUCUAACGGCGUACAAUCACAACUUGGAUACGUCGAAAGAAUACUACCCCAAGGUAAUCACUUCACGUGUAUACGAAGACCGUCUCAAGACUUUGGAAAGCGUGCGAGAAGCAGGAAUAUCUGUAUGCUGCGGCGGAAUUAUCGGGUUAGGCGAGUCUCACGAGGACCGGGUGUCGCUCCUCCACACGCUGGCGACGCUGAAGGAGCACCCGGAAAGCGUGCCGGUGAACGCUCUGGUAGCGAAUGAAGGGACGCCGUUGGAGGAGGCGGACACAGUGCCCGUUUGGGAUCUUUGUCGUAUGAUUGCGACAGCACGCAUCGUGAUGCCGAGAUCCAUGGUGAGGUUGAGUGCUGGACGGUUGGGAUUGUCAGAAGCAGAGCAGGCUUUGUGCUUUAUGGCAGGGGCCAACUCUAUCUUUACAGGGGAUAAGCUGCUGACGACGCCCAAUCCGGAAUUUUCAGAAGAUAGGGCAAUGUUUGAGACGCUCGGUUUGAAAGGGAAACAGCCGUUUUAUUAUGAGAAGUUGGAGGAGAAACAUGUAAGCAGUUGA